UAUUGAUAAAGAUUUUCUCCCUCGAAUUUUCCAUGUAAAUAGCUGCAAAGGUAACAUUUUUGACAUCAAAAUCAAUUCUUUGAAUCAUGCUCAAGCUCAUCUCUUCCAAAUUCAAACCAUCGAAAUCCCUAACCGGAAUUCAAAUUUCUCUGUUUCACCAUCUCUCCAACACCUCUGCUCACUCGAGUUCAUCAAAGACUGCACCUUUCAGUCGAAAUUAUACUGGGUUUUGGCUGUCUAGGUUUUUCAGUCGAGUGAGGAGCUUUUGCAGUGAAUCGGUGGGGAGAGAGUGCUUGAAUUAUGACGUGGUGAUUGUUGGGGCGGGACCUGCUGGUUUGUCAGCUGCAAUUAGAUUGAAGCAAUUGUGCAAGGAAAAUGAUGUUGAUUUGUCUGUUUGUGUUGUGGAGAAGGGGGCUGAAGUAGGUGCUCAUAUACUAUCAGGGAAUGUUUUCGAGCCUCGGGCAUUGGAUGAGCUUCUGCCAAAUUGGAAACAAGAGGAGGCACCCAUCUAUGUCCCUGUUUCGUCUGAUAAAUUUUGGUUGCUUUCUAAGACUCGAGCUUUUUCCUUACCAUCUCCAUUCGAUAACCAAGGAAAUUAUGUCAUAAGUUUGAGUCAACUGGUACGUUGGUUGGGUUUGAAGGCUGAAGAAUUAGGAGUUGAGAUAUACCCAGGCUUUGCAGCUAGCGAGAUCCUAUAUGACUCAACUGAUAAGGUAGUCGGCAUUGCUACCAAUGAUAUGGGAGUGGCUAAAGAUGGCUCUAAAAAAGACAUUUUUCAGCCGGGUGUGGAAUUAAAAGGCCAUGUGACUCUAUUUGCAGAAGGCUGUCGAGGGUCUCUAUCAGAGAAAGUGAUAAGUAAGUACAACUUGCGAGAAAAAGGGCACGGGCAACAUCAGACUUAUGCUUUAGGAAUUAAAGAGGUUUGGGAGAUUAAUGAAGACAAGCAUCAUCCUGGCUCUGUGCUCCACACCUUAGGCUGGCCCCUGGAUCCCAAGACCUAUGGGGGAUCUUUCUUGUAUCAUAUGAAAGAUAAACAGGUUGCUCUUGGAUUUGUGGUUGCCUUGAACUAUAGCAAUCCUUACUUGAAUCCUUAUGAAGAGUUUCAGAAAUUUAAGCAUCACCCUGCAAUCCAGCCUCUGCUUGAAGGAGGUACUGCCCUUGAGUAUGGUGCUCGAACAUUGAACGAAGGUGGCUACCAGUCCAUACCAUAUCCAGUUUUCCCUGGUGGAGCAAUCAUCGGAUGUUCGGCUGGUUUCCUAAAUGUACCAAAAAUAAAAGGAUCCCACACUGCAAUGAAAUCAGGAAUGCUAGCUGCAGAAUCUGCAUUCCGAGCACUUCGCGAAGGCUCACCAUUAGAAGCCUUCUGGGACAGUUUAAAAAGUUCUUGGAUAUGGAAAGAGCUUCACAGUGCAAGAAAUUAUCGACCGGCAUUUGAUUAUGGUCUAUAUCCUGGUCUAGCACUAAGUGCUUUGGAACAUUAUAUAAUGAAGGGUAGAUCUCCAUGGACACUGAAGCAUGGAAAACCUGAUCACGAGGCAACAGAUGAAGCGCAGAAGUGGAACCCGAUUGAAUACCCAAAGCCUGAUGGCGUUAUAUCUUUUGACGUACCAACAUCUUUGUACAGGAGCAGUACAAAUCAUGACCACGACCAACCAGCUCACCUUCGCCUGAGGGACCCAAAAAUUCCUGAACUUGUAAACUUGCCCGUGUACGCUGCACCUGAAUCAAGAUAUUGCCCAGCUCGUGUUUAUGAGUACACCGCAGAUGAAAAUGGCCAUCAGAAGCUACAGAUCAAUGCUCAAAACUGCCUGCAUUGCAAGGCCUGUGAUAUUAAGGACCCGAAACAGAAUAUCGAGUGGACAGUACCAGAGGGCGGCGGAGGUCCUGGAUAUACAGUCAUGUAGGCAGUUUGCUGUUUAAUUUAUGGUACAGUCAGAUCCCUAACUAGGUUGUUGAACUAGUGUUCAAUUGAACUUACAUAAUGUAAUAAACUGUUUAUUUGGAAUUGAUCAGUCAACCACAAUUUACAUCACAUCUGGUUUCCCAUGUGAGAAAUUUUAUUGCAAUUUUUGUAUUCUA